AUGGGUGCAUCGCAUUCUACACCUCCACCCCUCGUCGAAGUCAACGCUCCUGGAGGAAAAGUCUUAGUUCCCCCUGGGACGGCAUUUAGUGUUCACCCACCCUCCUACGCGCGCUCAAGAUCCGAUCCGUACACACGAGGUCCCAUAUACACGCCCUGUCCACUACCAUAUCGUGGCGGACACCAACACCAACGUCCGCGAACUCGACCCUACCCCCGGUACGGAGGACCAGAUAUAGAUAUCUCCGAAGAGAGUGACGAUAGCGAGAGCACAGACUUGAAUAUGAUGGAAAGCAGAAGUCCAAGAGGUAUGCGACGUCAAGUAUCCAAAGGCUAUCCCGGCGGUAUGAUGGGUGGUGGUGGCAUGUCGGGAAUGAAACGCAGAGGUGGGCUAAGGGGUUUUGAAGGUAUGGAUCCGAGACUCAGGUCUGCGCCUGAGAUGCAAAUGGGCGGAUAUCCAGGUAUGGGCGGUAUGUCAAUGGGUAUGCCUGGGAGUCCAAGAAUAGGGGGUAUGGAAGCUAUAAGGGGACUGGGUGCUAUGGGUGCGAUGGGGGGUAUGCAGCCACCUGGUAUGCCUCCAGAAUACACGUCAAAUCCAUCGAUGCCUCGAUUUGGUGCUGGCGCGGGCAUAAAACCGUAUGCAGAUAGGGAAGUAGCUCCCAGCCAGUCAUCAUCACGAAGUAGCCCGGACACAUCUCAGCCCACACGACGAGCCGGCCGCAAAAUACCAAAGCACUACGAGCAUAUCCCAAAGGGCGCAUACGCCAACGCAGAGAAGCAUGGACGAAAAUCGCGCUCCCGCGCGGACCCGCAAACGUCAGCCCGUCUAAACCGCGGUCAACCUUGGAAUAAGCAGGUUGGCCCUUCAGGGGGCGAGUUGCUUGGGGGCGACGCCUUUCUUGACGCCUGUAUUUGCACCACAGCUUGCAACUGCAGGAAAAGCGAGCGCGUCAUAUACCUUGCACGAAAUGAUCCCCGUAAAGGCAGCGACUCAGACGAGGAGGAUUAUACCUACGGUAGCGGUGAGAUCAGGUACAUACUGAAAACAGAUCUAGGCAAAGACUGUGGAGAUCACUCGGGCUGCAAGAAAAGCGAGAGCAGUGACAGUGAAAAAGAGCAGAAGAGCAAGAAGAAGAAGAAGGACAGAAACGAGGAGAAGAAGCGGAAAGACGAGUUCGACGAGUUCAAAGAGGAUGUACUGGAAGCGCUCAAUGGAUUGCAAGACCUGAAGAAGGACAGUCACCAACGAGAUAGAACCGAGAGCGGCCCCACAAGACAACCUUUUGGAGGGGCAGGCAUAAGGCCGAGUGCGUUCUCGAUCAACGAUAUGGAUAUGAAUCCACGAAUAGCCCAGCAGAUGAGCAUGAUGAACGGUGAUCCGUACGGCACGGGUCGGAUGCCACCUGGCAUGGCUGAUCCAACAGGUAAAUGGCGCAUGCAUCCUAGUAUGGAACUGGGUAGAAUGGGCGGUGGUAUGGAAAGUACUGGCUUGGGAGGCUUUGAGAAUGACAUGGGUGAUAUGGGCGACAUGGGGAUGAUGGGAAAUCCAUACAUGCAACCUGGCAUGAUGAGCAAGAAGGGUAUGCGGCCCAGCUUCAUGUCGCAUCGUGGGGCGAAGGCAGGCAGACAGUUCAGCAAUGGCGCCAUGAGAAUGGACAUGGACAUGGAUCAAAUGGCUGCAAUGUAUGGCAGAGCCAUGGGAGGUGGCCGCGGAGGUAUGAUGAUGAUGGGUGGUGGAGGUGGUGGUGGAGGCAGGCGAGCCCACUUAGACUCGAAGUCUGAUGAUUUCGAUCUUGGGCUCGGGCCUUCAGUGCGGUCAGGCAUGCGACAACAAGCUGGCCGUGACCGGGCCGGACGUGGCAGUAGGAGACCAGGCAAUGGAGACAAGGAUAUCCCAAUCAGGCGUGACUUCGGAGGCAGCCCGCUUGCAAGGGCCAACGGCAGUCAGGAUCGAGGCAAGCAGCCCCGAGUUGAUACAGAUGACGACGAUGCUUAUUGA